GCCGAUCGAAGACAUGGCCACGAGUUUUGGAGCAGAAGCAUUCCGAAUAGUUCUUCUGUGCUCGUUAUGGUACACGAUCAGCUCGACAAACAAUGUUAUCGGGAAGAAGAUACUGACAGAUUUUCCUUUUCCUGUUACCGUGGCCAUGGUUCAAGUCGUCUCAACGGCCCUAUAUUUGUCGCCAACUCUUCGUGUUUGGAGUGUUCCCCCUAUGAAAUCUUUGCCGAAAUCGAGUCUUCUGAAACUGAUCUUACCACUUUCCUUUGGAAAGGCUUUUGCUGCGAUAACGGCACAUGUCAGCAUAUGGAAAGUACCUGUCUCGUAUUCUCACACGGUUAAGGCAACAAUGCCAGUCUUCACAGUUAUUCUAUCAAGAGUAAUUUUAGGAGAAACGCAAUCAGGAGCGGUUUACUGUUCACUGAUUCCCAUUGUUGGUGGAGUCAUGAUUGCCACAGCCACGGAAUUAUCUUUUGACAUGGUUGGUCUUCUUAGUGCCCUGUUAGCAACCUUUACUUUUGCUGUACAGAAUAUUUUUACUAAAAAGGUA